AUACUCCCUCCUUUUCCUUUUCUUUUUAGCCGCCCUCAAGAACAGAAGCAUUUUCUUUUUAACUAUUCAACCGCAAAAAUGGCGUCCGCCUUCUCAUUGCAGAUGCUCCAUAGCCCUCGCCUCGCUUUCCAGGGUCAAGAUGUUUCAAAUGCUUAUAGGCCACAAAUAGCAAACUCAUGGUCUGAUUACUCCCAAGGUCGAACUUUUAAUUAUCGUGGAAGAGCCCUGACAUCAAAAUUAAACUAUGCACCAAGACUCCCUGUUACCCAACUUUCUAAAUCUUCUUCGGUUAAGUAUGUGAGAAUUAUUUGGGUGAGCUGGUCUGAUGAAGUUGAGUUGCAAGCAAAAGUGACAACCAAGUGCUUCUUUGAUGUCGAAAUUGGAGGUGAAACUGUUGGUAGAAUUGUGAUGGGUCUUUUUGGGGAAGUUGUUCCAAGAACUGUUGAGAACUUCCGUGCCCUCUGCACAGGGGAGAAAGGGUAUGGUUACAAAGGAUGCUCCUUCCAUCGUAUUAUUAAAGAUUUCAUGAUCCAGGGUGGUGAUUUUACUGAUGGAAAUGUACAUUCUCCAUUUCUCUUUUGGCUUUCUAAAGAUGUAUUAGUAUCUUUUCCAAAGAGGAACUUCCCGUUGCUAAGUUUCGAAGAUGAGAGCUUUGCCGUGAAGCAUGUUGGACCUGGAGGAUUAAGCAUGGCCAACGCAGGUCCUAAUACCAAUGGGAACCAAUUCUUCAUUUGCACAGUAGAGACUCCAUGGCUGGACAAUCGGCAUGUUGUUUACUGACACGUUAUUGAUCGAAUGGAUGUUGUGCGCAAACUAGAAUCCCAAGACACAAGCAGGUCAGAUACCCCGAAGGUGCCAUGCAGAAUUGUGAAUUGUGGGGAACUACCAUUAGAAGGCUAACUGCCUCCACAAAAUCAUGGAAUGCACUCUUUUUUUUUCCUUCUCUGCAGCAGGAUGAGUUUACCUGAUAAUAUGUAAUUUCUGAGAGAAAUUUGGAUGAUACUUUGUAAGCUCUUGACAUGGUUGUACUGCUCUUAUCAAUUUUAGGCCAAUAUAAGCCUGAAGAUUUUAUCAAAGCCUCAUAAUGGAACAUCUGAGUUUACUAAUUUUAAAACAUUUCCUUCCCAUUGGUAUUUUGUU